UGCUAUUGGGCGUGUGGGCGGCUCUGAGUAAUUGCCCGCACAUUUCUUGGCUCCUAUUGGUUAGCAACAAUGGAGUCCGUGUGAACCGAAAGAAGGGGGAGCGGUGGUCAAACCAUCUCCGACCCAAGCCGAGUCAGUAGGACGAAAAAAGGAGGAGAAUCGCAGCCCGCGGUAGCGUCGCAGCCUCGUACUCGCGCUCCGCCUGCAUGGGCUAGCCGGCAAGCUACUAAGCUAGUUUAGCUCGGUCCGACUGCGCCGCUUGGGCGAUACCUGCUCCGCUCCAGUCCGCGUCUACGCCCUCGCUUGUUGCCCCCCCCCAGCUCCGCUUAAAGAUGAUGAAGUUUCGAUUUCGUCGGCAGGGUACGGACCCGCAGAGGGAGAAGAUAAAACAGGAGCUCUUCGCCUUCAACAAGACGGUGGAGCAUGGAUUCCCGCAUCAGCCCAGCGCAUUGGCCUAUGACCCAGAGCUGCAACUCAUGGCUAUCGGUACGAAGGCAGGAGCUGUCAAAGUUUAUGGGGCGCCUGGUGUGGAGUUCACAGGAUUACACCAAGACACUACUGCUGUCAUACAAAUCCACUUCCUGCCUGGACAGGGCCGCCUGUUGUCACUUCUAGAUGACAAUACCAUUCACUUGUGGGAGCUGACUACCACAGCCCCCAGGCAGGUGGGAGGGGUAAAGAGAGAUGGUGGGGUCAUUCUACAGGAAGUGGGAAGCUACAGCCUUCCAGGAAGACCAGGCAUUGAGAGCUGCAGUACUACACGAGUGACUGUCCUCCUCCUGCUGAGGUCAUGUGACCUGCUCUGCAUAGGAACAGAAGGAGGGGGUGUGUUCUUUCUGGAUUUGCUCAAUUUGACGCUUAACGACAGCCAAACGUUGCUUCAGGAUCAAGUCACACAGAGCCUGCCAGAAGACUACAGAUGUGGGAAAUCAUUAGGUCCUGUGGAAUCUCUUCAGGAGCACCCUCGACAAGCAGGGAAGAUGCUAAUUGGCUACAGUCGAGGCCUGGUGGUCCUGUGGGAUCUGAGCAGCCGUCAGACAGACCAGCUCUUCCUUGGCAAGCAGCAGCUGGAGAGCCUGGUAUGGGAAUCUUCGGGAAACUUAUUCGUCAGUUCCCAUAGCGAUGGUGGGUACUCGGUGUGGGCCGUUGCCGACGGAAGCUCCAACACUCAGCAGCCGGUGUCCUCUACCAUCCCAUAUGGUCCUUUUCCCUGCAAAGCUAUCAACAAAAUCCUAUGGAGGACAACAGAGACUGGAUCACCAGUGUUGUUGUACAGUGGAGGGAUGCCCAGAGCCAGCUAUGGCGACCGCCACUGUCUGACCAUUCAGCAGGACAAAGACCACGUCACCCUGGACUUCACUUCCAGGGUCAUUGACUUCUUUACAGUCCACAAUGUUGAGCAACACAAAGAAUUCGAUGACCCAUCGGCAUUGGUGGUCUUGUUAGAAGAGGAGCUGGUUGUGAUUGACCUCCAGACUCCUGGUUGGCCCUCUAUGCCGACUCCGUACCUGGCUCCUCUGCAUUCCUCAGCCAUCACGUGCUCGUGCCACAUAACCAGCGUCCCCCCGAAACUGUGGGAAAGGCUGGUCAGCGCUGGCAAAGCGCAGCAGGGCCACGAACACACAUCCAGGAGCUGGCCCAUAUGUGGAGGGAAAAACCUGGCUCCUCCCCCUAAACAGCAAGAGCUGCUUUUGACAGGACAUGAGGAUGGCACCGUGCGUUUCUGGGACGCGUCCGGGAUUGCUCUCACACCGCUGUAUAAACUGAGCACAGCCAACGUCUUCCACACAGAUUGCGACCCCUGCGACGAGCCUCGGGACCCUAGCGACGACCCAGACAUGCAGCAGGAGGAGGAAUGGCCUCCCUUCAAGAAGGUGGGCUGUUUUGAUCCUUACAGUGACGACCCCCGUCUGGGGAUCCAAAAGAUCAGCUUAUGCAAGUACAGCAACAAGUUGCUCGUGGCAGGCACAGCGGGGCAGGUAAUCGUGUUGGGUCUGAGCGAUGAGUGCUCAGACCACACAGUAGACGUCUCUGUGGUGGAUCUGCUGCAGGACAGGGAGGGUUUCACGUGGAAAGGCCACGACCGACUGGAGCCUCGCCUCAAACCCGCUCCUUUCCCGCCGGGUUUUCAGCCUCAGGUGCUGGUGCAGUGCAUGCCGCCAGCGUCGGUCACAGCCGUGGCACUGCACGCCGAGUGGAACCUCAUUGCUUUCGGGACAAGUCACGGUUUUGGCCUCUUUGACUACCACAGGAGAAAUGCUGUCUUGGCCAGAUGCACCUUACAUCCUAAUGACUCCCUGGCUAUGGAGGGUCCUCUUUCAAGAGUCAAGUCCUUGAAAAAAUCCUUACGGCAGAGUUUCAGGCGUAUCCGCAAGAGUAGAGUGUCUGGGAAAAAACGCACCAUUACUACACCCACCAGCAAGGUCCAAGAGGCCAACGCUGCCCUGGCUGAGCACGAGGAAAUGGCUCCCAUCCAGCGAAGGAUUGAACCUCGAUCAGCAGACGACUCGUUGUCGGGAGUUGUUCGAUGUCUUUGCUUCGCUGACACCUUUCUACGUGACGGCACACACCACGGACCCACGCUGUGGGCAGGCACCAACUCGGGCAGCGUGUACGCCUACGCCCUUGAGGUGCCUGGUGUGGGAUCGGGACGUGGUGCCGAGCGGGGGGUCGCGGGUGAGACCGCCCCCUGCGUGGAGGCAGUGUUGGGCAAAGAGAUCCAGCUCAUGCACAGAGCACCGGUGGUGUCCAUCUCCGUGCUGGAUGGACGUGCCAAACCUCUACCGGACCCUUAUGAAGCCUCCCAGGACCUCUCCAUCGCUCCCGAUAUGUCCAAUCCUCACUCUGUGCUCAUUGCCUCAGAGGAACAACUCAAGGUGUUCUCUCUCCCUAAAGUUAGCGCCAAGACGAAGUUCAAGCUUACAGCUCAUGAGGGCUGCCGGGUGAGGAAGGUCGCUCUGGUGAGCUUCAGCUCCACGGCUCAGGAAGACUACAACGAGUACACGCUGGUGUGCCUCACUAACAUGGGCGACAUGCACCUCUUCAACAUACCUGGCCUCAGACCACAGGUGCGUUACGAUUGCAUCCGUAAAGAGGACAUCAGUGGAAUUGCGUCGUGUGUCUUCACCAGAAAUGGACAAGGAUUCUACUUGAUCUCCCCCUCGGAAUAUGAGAGGUUCUCCUUGUCUGCGAAGGUUUUCACUGAGCCACUCUGCUCUGUCACACUGGAGCGACUUUCAAGGCCCACACUGGCCAGCGACGGCAUGACUGCGCCGCCACAGGCCAAUGGGACGCACAAGAAUCAAACGGGACAGGCCGAAGGACGUGCCGAGGAGACCCCCAGCUCUUUGUCCUCCCCGUUGUCGGACACGCCCCUGGACUCGCCACUCAGCUGCGCCGACGUCACUCUGGAAUCCACCGGGGAGCUCACCGUGGAAGACGUCAGAGACUUCCUGACCACCGUGGACGAGGAGGAGAACAACCUAAAAAACAUCCAAGAGGAGGAAGGACGACCCGCCGGCAUCCUCAUCAACUAAACGGAUUCUCCUGACUUUGUGGGCGGCGAUAACAAGUCGCCCCAUGACGUCACGAGGAUUCCGCUCCCCGCCACCGGCGGUCAUUUUGCACAGUUGUUUUUCCCUUGCUCAUGAAUAAAUGUACUCCCUUCUACCAGUAAUACAUGCAGUUGGCCAUCAAAUUAUUCCCACAACUUGGAAAAAUAAAAAAAAACAUCUUCCCCGAAGUGGUAAUGCGUUACACGUCAUUCGGGCUAUGUGUCCGUCAUACCGUUGUCACCACGAGUUGGGUUGCGAGGAAUCUAAACCAGAUGAGAGCCCGUUGGCAGGCCAAACGUGGUCAGAGUGGUUGCCGGAGGGCCAGUAAAACGUAUCCACGGGGACUGGCGCGUGUCGCCCGCUUUGGCCGCAUAUGGGGCACCCUUACUUGGCCACUGCACCCAGUCGUCCCGCCAAAUUUCAAUAGAGGGAAAAUCUUGGCGGCGGCGCGGCUUGUGGUCUUUAUGCCAGUUCAGAGGCUGAUUCACGAUGGCCCGUUAGGUAGUGGCAUUUUCAAUUUUCUCAAAUCUUGACCGUUUAUGAUGUGUGGUUUCACAUACUUUGCUCAAACGUUUUUCCUCAACUUUAUGACAUUUCCGCACAACAGUCGAAUGACAUGUCACUCGGGAGGCAAAACUGCACCAAAUGACAUCUGCGUGUUGAGUGGUAUAUAAAUUGAUUUGUAGAAUUUUAUGCUUGAGCGACUUUCUGUACAACUACUGGGUCCACUUCUACUUCUUUAUGUUGGUUUGGUACCAAAAUUCUGACCGAUACAGUAUCAAUGCUGUGUUAAAACCUUAAAACGUCAAGCACAAACAGUUACUACUGCUCCUCUAUUGCCUGGAAACAGAUAUGACAAAUUGUCAUAUUUCCUCCAUUUUUGCAGGGAGGGGCUCAGGUGGUCUUUUGGAUGGCCUUGAUUUCAGUGCUGGGCCACAAAUAUCUCAAGCCCACUGUGAAGCCCUCUCGCCCACUCGCCCGGCCUGCAGUGUGGACUCCUCUGAGCUUGAAAACCCAGUGGGAGGACUAAAACCACUCACCGACCCCCCCCCCCAUCCGCUUCACUUAACAUAGGACCAUUAACUGUUCACAGUUAGACGUCAUUCCAGAGAGGUUUGGCAUGACGUGCGUGUCAAUUUCUCGCGUCGCCUUUGCUACCACCGACAAUAUGGUACAGGGUAGAAGAAAGCCUGAUAGGGAAGUUUGUCCAGCUGGUUUAAGAAGGUUGUGUUAUGAAGAUGGAUGCCCAGUGUGCGUGUGUGUGUUUUUUUUUUUUUUUUCUUCCUCUCUUUUGGGUGACAUUUGGACAAAGUGCAAGUUUGAUGAUCGUUCUGUGAUUGUUAGAUUUUUGUUUUUACAUCGCCACUUUACACUGACACGGUUAUGACAAGUACCCCCCCUGACUUAACAUCGUUUUGUUUUACCUUUUUUAGCUUCUCGUUCUACAGCAGAUGUUUCGUGGUGCUUUUUGGGAAGCGUGGCGAGUAAGGUAAAGUGGGCUCGAAUGCAAAGUGUGCGCUACUGUGUGAGUGUUAAGAAUGCUUUGUGGGUAAUGUAUGCUGGCUGCGGAGCUUGAAUCACCGGUAUUUUUUUUUUUCUCUCUCUCAAACUUUUACUGUGUAAAAAUACAUGUAUGCAUAUGAUCUCUUUAUGUAGGUUAACAAAUGACAUGAGUCACAUGUUUGAGCCUAAACAAAAAAAAAAAAAAAAGGUUCCAGCAUCUUUUUAUCACAAGCCUAAAAAGGGACCUCAUGACUAACUUAUCUAGGUUAAGUAGAAAUUCUGCCACCUCUGUUUAAUUGUAAUUUUAGUUUCGUUUCCCACUGACGAAUCAGUAACCCUUCCAUGCUACAGCUGGCACACUUUAUUUUUUUUUAAUGUUAUUUUUUGGGGUCAUUGUUUUGUGAUUGGUAUUUUCAUAGCAUUUAGCAUUUCAGCUGAUGGAUUGUGAAUGUUAAUAAAAUGAUGUACUCUGU